CGUUCGAAAACGGACCGUCGUUCCGCGCUCAUUGCCAUCGACGUUGUCGGACGACCGGUCGGCGCACAAUUUUUUUUUUUUUUUUUCAUAUGUUUUACGCGUAGCUAUUAUAGUUUAGUAGCGUUAAAACAAUACGGUUUCGCAACAAUCGUUCCCCGGUCCGCGUAUAAUACAAUUUUAUUGCUUACGUACAUCACCGUCAUCAUCAUCAUCUGUGUGUACGGUAAACGUAAAUUUGUCACAGUUCGCGCGCCGUUUUCGUAUUCGGUAUUAUGAUAAAAUUGAUGAUAAUAAUUAUGCAACACAGCGAGACGAUUUUUAUUAAUAAAUCGUUGCCGAGCCGCCGAUCCGCCGCCGCCGUCAAUGACACACUCGUGAUUUAAGCUUUUCCGAUUAUUUGUACGCACUCGUCGCGAUUACCGCGCCCGCGCAUAAUAUUAUAACGGAAAUUCGAAUUCGCCGCUGUACCGGAAGAACCGCACACGAUGCGAGCGCGAUAUUUCCACUAUCGCGGGACGAUUUUUUUCCGUUAAACGCCAGCCGUAUAUAGGGGAAUCGAUAAAAAAAGAAGCUGAAGAUACCGGACGCCUAUGUAUAUAUUUUCUAAUAUUAUUACCGACGACCGAUCAUCUGUUGUUCUAUGUACGUAUUUUGUCUCGAUAUACCUAUAAUAUACAUAUUAUAAUAAUAACGUAAUCAGACCUCGGAAAGUCUUUGUAACAACAUCACGCUACAGUUUAUCGUCACCAUUACCAUAAUAUUAUUCGCCGUGAUUUUGUUAUAAAAUAUAGGUAACGCAUUGUGGGCUGUACGCGGCGUAUAAUAAUAAUAAAAAAAUAAAAACGUAUCGGUAAAGAAUUUGUUUUUUUUUUUGACUAGCGAUAUUGUACAGCAGAUACUAAUUUUACGUCAUAUCCGGUUAAAAUUUAAAUUGAAUCCGUUAGAUGUUUUGUUUGUAAUACAUAUUGGAACGGAUUUGAAUAUUUAACCCGUUCAUUCCUGUAGGUCUGAUUAUAAUAUUAUUACGGUUGUUGUGUUUUUUUCUUUUCGUAUUAUUAAUAUUCCGAUUGAUUCUAUAUACACAGUGAUCAAUCAUCGAUUGCACAUUCAUCUCGGGUGUUUAUAUUACACGAAUUGUUCUUUUACCGACUAAAAUUUAAUUUACUCGUGACACUCGUGAUACGUGGACGGUGAUGUUCAAUCGAGGAUCGUCCUGUAUUGGAUAUAUUAUAAUACAUAUAUAGUUAGUUAUAGGGUCGGAUUUCGAUGCAAAAUGCCUUUUUUUUAGAGUGAUAUUAAGAAAUACUUUCCAAGAACAUAAUUUGAUUUAUAUAACAGAGACUUCAAAGGCGAAACUUUUAUUUUUCUUUUUCUUUUUUUUUUACUUUUUAUUGCAUUUUUCAGUGUUUUUUUUUUUCAUUUGUAUACUAUAUUUUAGUCAACUUUUUCGUUUUAUUGCGUAUUUAUACAAUAUGUACAUUAGUAUUUUCGACAUUUUUCAAUCUGAAAAACAAUGCAUCUAAUAUUUUUUUAUUAUUAUUUCUAUCAUCAUAUUUAAACUAAUAUAAAUAAACCUAAAUAUUACAUACUAUAUUCAUUUAAAAACCAUUUAUAUGCAACGAAAAAUCGUAGCGUACAGAAAUAGGCAGCACAUGUUAAAAAUUAGUAACAUGUGUAAAAUAAAACUUUGUAUUUUAGUUCUAUAUUGUUCAAACUUGUUGCUUAUCUAGCUACUUUUUAGACUGUCUAAAUAAAACACGCAAAUGCAUAUAAAUCCAGGCCCUAUUAAUAAAUAAUAUAGUUGGUAAUUAUAUUAGUAUACAAGUGCACGUACGUAAUAUUGAAUAAAUUGAAACCGAUGACCGAAAUGAUAAUAUGGGUAUACAAAAUAUCCGUACAUCACGUCGGUUUAGGUAUGUUUGGACAAUAUUAUUUCAGUACGAUGGAUUUUUAUUGAUUUUAUUACUAUAAUUAUUAUUAUUUUUAUUAUUAUUAUUAUUGUUAUUAUUGUUAUUAUUAUUAUUUGAAUUUAAAUUUGCAAAAUUUGUAUAUUUCGUACUCUCAAAGGCAAUUCCAGAAUUCGUAAAUUACCGAAAUUAAAACAGUCCAAUAAUCACCAUCGCUACUGCUAGACUGUUUUAUAAUGCUGUUUUAACCAAAAAUCCCGGUUCAAGUCAAUUUUAGACAUUUUUUUUUUAUAAUUUUGUCCCGUGUAGUUAAUAAUUAUUUCCCUUUGACUUAAACAGCAUAAUCGAUGUAUUUUCAAAUUUAGCCUACGCAGUAUGUAUGCAUAUUGCAUAUUAUUACAGUGUACUAUAAUAUUCGUUUUAGUAUGCAAGUGCAGUAUGAUGCAUUUUAAAAAUGUAAUCUGUUUGUAGUUCGAAAUAGUGAUGUGUUCAUCAUUUCAAUAUAUAAGGGGGGAAUAAUCUGAAUAUAACUACAAUCACACGUACAAAAUCAUUAAAUACACUUUCAGAUAGAAAUCAGUGCUUAUUUCUUUAAACAGUACAUAGUAUUUUAUAAAACAAAUAAUAAAAUGUAAUAUCUAAUACAGUGAAAACAUAUAAGUAUACAACAAAUUUGUAUUAUAAAUAUUAUAUCGUUUUCAAAUACCAAUUAUUAAAAAAAAAUACUGCAAUAAUUUCACAGGAAAUUGAUAAAGUAUAUUAAGUUAGUUAUUUAAAAAAAAAAAAUCAAGGGAGAAUAUGACAAUCUCCUCCUCUGCCCCUUCCCCCGUGAACACACCCCUGGUUUAGAAAACUUUUCGAAAUUGAUAAAUAUCCUUCUUUCGCCGGCACGCACAUAAUUAAUAUUAUAUAUUCUAUUAUUCGGCCGACUUGUUGGAAGUUACGCCAUUAAUAUAAUAAUAUUUUGUAAUACGAUUUAUAACUAAGUAUUAACCGAGUGUAUACUUGCAAUAAUGAUUUAUUGUGUAAUUAUUAAUAUUAAUAAUUUCGAACGCUUUAUAUAACAACGCGACAUGCAUAAUAAAAAUCAAUUAGUUACCUGGAUUUUUAUUUUCUUUCUUGUACGCCAAACAGGAACGGGGAAAAAACGAAAAUACCUAUAGGUAUAUUUAUUUCGUUUCUUCUUCGUCUUUGGCCUGUCGGUCCAUCAAUAACGAUCGCUGCCAUCGCGAAUACUUCUCGUCUCUCUCUGCCGUAGGUACAUAAUGUCACGUCAAAGUAGUUUUUAUACCAUUAAACACAACCUUGGGUCUUACGGUCGUUUUUGGUCCAUUUUGUUAAUCGAUAAUACAGGCCCGUCCCGCGAAUAUAUACUCCUUGAAUAUCUCCGGAGAUAAUAAACAUAACCAAAUCCUGUUUUGUUUUCAUAUUACUCACAGGAAAGAGGACUAUAAAUAUUUAUAUUUGAAUUGAAAACAAUUACUUUAUUUUAUUAUUUUCGGAAAAUUUAAAGAUUAUUUUUCUGAAAUUUUAAUGAUCACACAUUUAUACCGAUGAAUAGUUUCUAAGUAAUAGCCAUUUUAAAUUCUACUAAUCCGUGUGAAAACCGAUGUUAUCGCAUAACACGGUUAGGUUUUACUCUAGAUAACAUCGGUUUUCACACGGAUUAGUAGAAUUUAAAAUGGCUAUUACUUAGAAACUAUUCAUCGGGUAUAAAUGUGUGAUCAUUAAAAUUUCCAGAAAAAUAACCUUUACAGAACGGCCAUCUUAACAUUUUCCGAAAAUAAAAAUAUUUUUUUAAUAAAAAAAAAAACAAUUAAAUAAUAAUAUAAAUAUUUGCAGUCCUCUUCCCUGUGAGUAGUAUAAAAUAACAGAAUUUAAUUAUAUUUAUUAUGUUCGGAGAUAUUCAAGGGGUAUAUCUUCAUGGGACAGCUGUAUUGUUUAUUUUUCAUAAACGAUAAAAUAUUUAUUCUGUUUUACAGCCUUUGGAGGUUUUGAUUUUUCUCUUCUCGUAAGUCGGCGAUUUUGCGUUUAAGCUUGGGCCGUAUAGGUAUAUAUUUCUCAAUAAUUUUCUUUCGAAAGUAAUUAGCCAUCUGCUAUAAUUUCCUUUGGUCAGUGACCACGUUUUGAUCACGUAGGUAUCAUUUAACUACGAUUACUCUAGUUAGGUUAAAAACUUACAUUUCCGAAAAAGCCAAAAAUUUUCAGAAAAUUGGAAAAAAAAUUAUUUAAGCUUAAAAUCAUCUGAGUAAAAAAAAAAUCUAUUAAAACAUAAUUAAAAAAAUUAAAAAAAUCUACCUCGCACAAUAUUAUAUAACCACAAAGUAUUCGAUUGUAUAUUCCGAACAUUAUUCUUCGUAUACAUUCAAUAAUAGUUAUUCUAAAUACUUUCAAAAAAUAUUUUACCCGAGUUGAUUAAUAAUAAUAAAACAAAUCGAAAUCACUUAUACGAAUAUAAUAAUAUAUUAUUUCCCUAAUACUGUAAUGAUUACAUAAUAUCAUUGCUGUAUUGUUUAUAAAAUACCGGUAAAACGUUCCCAAGUAUAGGAAAACAUGAAAAUAUUAUCUAUAAAAUGUGUCCCACCAUGUUCGACGGAUUUUUCUAGCCUUGUAAAUAUUCCAGUUUUUUUUUUCAAUCGGUUUUAAUUUAUAAAUAUAAUUUUCUAACACCAUAAAAAUGAUUAAUAAAAAGUAAUUUUUUUUUUUUUUAUAAUAUGUACGAUUUUAUUUAAAAGAAAUUAUUGUGUAUGAAUCAAUUUUGUAGUGUUAGGAAAUGUAAUUUAAUAAGUUAGAGCCAUUAAUGGGAGGAAAUGAUAGAGGUCUUUUAGUCUCCUCUACCAUUUUUACUUUUUUAAAUGUUUGUAAAUGUUCUUUUCAGACAUAUUUUUUUUAUGUUUUAAAACGCCUUUUGUGAACUAUAAGAUAAUAUAAAUCCAGUCACUAGACUAAUAAGUAAUACAAUACGAUCGAAAUGUUAAAAAACAUUUAAAAAAAAAAUUCAAAAGUCUAUAAUAAUAUGCGAAAUAUAAUACUAUGCAAUUGAUAUUGCACGGUAUUAUGUGGGGGAAGGAUAAUAAUAUUAUAAUGAUAAAAAGGUUCGAAAAUAAACGACGCAUCGUAUAAAUAAAUUUAUUAUAACUGCUUACAUAUACGAACGGAAGCAUAAGAAUAAAAUAUUUUCCGAGAGUAUAAAAAACUAUUUUACGCGAUAAAAAUGCCCACUGAUGUCCAGUCGGCGGUAUAUUUUUGAACCGUAAGACGAUACGUGUACAAUCGUACACUGAAAUACAAGAAAUAAGCGAAUUUAUCUCCAUGUGGAAAAUAUUAGAAAUUACCAAUUAAACAUCGAAUGCUCAAAACAAAUUAAAAUAAAUAAAUACCGACAAAUAAUGUAAACUAUUGUUCUUUUGCCAAUUUGAAAAAAAAAAUAUAUCUAAAACAGUUUUAGAUCGUGACGAGGAAUGUAUUGGUUUUACAAUGAUGUUUAUUUAUUUUUUAUAUGUGAACAAAUUUUCUUAUAGAAAUCUUGAUCCGAUUUUCAAGUGUAGUACCUUUUCUGAAAGUGUGGUACAUUAAAGGGAGUUAAUUUUUUUUUUUGAUUUUCCAAUGGUUUUCAUAAUAAUUGCGAAAAAUGGGAAGAUGUACCUACAUUUGUGUAUAAUAGAAAUUUCACUCCGAAUCGUUUUUCAUUAGCAAUAGUUCAUCGUUGCGUACAAGUAUAAAUUAAAUUCUCCUCUUUAUAUAUCCUACCUCCUUAAUUUCUCACCUACAACAGUGGCCCACCCAUUGUACAAAGAAGCUGUCUUUUUUUUUUAUCGUCAUUAUUAGAAGGUAAUUUAUAAUAAAAUUUGUAAAUGAGAAAGUGGAGGAAAACAAUUUUCUGAAAUAACCUCAAAUAACUUUGAACUAUUUUUUGUUAUGAUCGGGGAAAUUAAAAUGAACAAAUGCUAACUUUACUGUACUUCAAGAAAAAAAGAUUUAAAAAUAUUUUUAGAAAAUGUUUGGUGGUUAAAACUUUUAUUAAAUAUCAUUUGUUUUCUACAAUUUGUUUAAGCUUUUGCAAAUGUCAAUAAUUUUCUUUUUAAUUAUAAUAAUUUUAUUAUUAUCACUGCAGUUAUAGUUAUGACUUCUUCUUCUCUUUCUUCGCUCUCGUAUCAACUAUUUGACAUCACUCCCCUUAUCCCAAACUUCCAUUUAGUGUGAUCACCCACCUCGCAUACACUGACAUAUCGUUCUCGAGCACAUACAACCACCUAUUUUUCUUCUUUUUUCUUUUAUAAUAAUAAUUAUUAUACAAUAUUAACUUGUAUAAAAAUAUCACCGUUAUUUGUUAUGUUCUGCAAUACUGAUUACAUAGCAUAACAGAUUAUAAAUGAAAAUAGUAGUAGCUUUUUAAUAGAAAAUGAAUGACCAUGACUAAAUAAAAGUUAAAUUACAAUAUAUUAAAUGGAACAAAAGUAAUUUCAUAUGUCAGAUUUUUGCGUUACACUUUGUAUAAUAAAUAUUCAUACGAAUAAAUAACGUUACGUCAAUAAGACAAUAAUUAUUUAAAGGCUGUUGAUGGCUUUAUAAUAAUUCAUUAUUAUUUCGAUUAUUGUAAUGACAAGAUCAAUACGCAAUAUACAUCAUGUGCACGCAUAUUUUAUAGACAAUCACGAUAAAAAAAAAAAACAAUUCCACAAUAGCGCGCCAAAACAGUUAAACCGAAAUUUUCUACGAAUUCAUUUCGAUGGUAAAAAUAGGGAAUUUACUACUUUAUAAAUUAUACGAUUAGUGAGUAUCUGUAGGUUUUAGUAGGAGAAUAAUCGAAAUGCUAAACCAAACUGUGAAAAUAAUUAAGUGUAAUUGUUGUAAAAAAAUGUAAAUUAAAAAAACAAAAAACCGGACAGGGAAUAUUAUAUAUUUUUUUCCUCGGCGUCCUAGUCAAUGAAUAUGGUCAAUAUUAUAAAAUUAAUUUCGAAAAAAAAAAAAAAUAAUAAUUCAAGUCUUUGAAAUGUGUUGAAUAUUGUAAUAUUAACGUGCUUUUGAGAUAUUGCUCUGGUACGGGCGUGUAAUAUUCUUCAAACCGAAAAAUAUUAAAUUUCGUAUAGUAAUUUAGAUUAAAUAUAAACGCGUAGGAAAAUAAACGUUUUCGAUUAUUUUCGUUUAGUGUUUUCGCAUCUAAAAACGUUUUCUAUUUUUGUUGUGUAGCUUUUUUCAUGCGUAUUUUAGAUAUUUUAGUGGGAGAUAGUAAACUCUUACAAAAGUAGGUUAUCCCCAAGAUUGAUAUAGUGUUAACUUUUAAAAAAUAUAUAUGUUAACUCCUAAAAAAUAUGGUGUUAAGUUAGGUUAGGUUACAUUAUAGUAUACACACACAUAACAUUAUCUAUUUUUAGGUAAAAAGAGACUACGUAGGAAUUUACACUAUGUUCUAAAUUCAAGUAAAAAGAUCAUUUUUGUGGGGGUUUACAUGUAGCCGUUUUAGUAUCUCAUUUGUAAACAUCGUAAUACAUUAAAUCAAGCCCAUCGAUGUGAUGUGUUUUUAACCAUAAUGGUGUUUUGUAAACAUUUGUAUUCUAUUUUUACCAUAACUGUUAUAAUUUAUACGUUGUACAUUUCAAUGCCAUAUCAUCUAUAAACAGAAGAUAAUGAUUAAUAAGUAGUGUGGUAAUAAUAACAGAAUACAUAAUAAUACCAUCACAAUCACCGUUUACAAUACGUCAAUACGGGACAAAUUAAUCAGUGAUUAAAGCGGAAAGAACUUCGAGGGGGUACUAUCAUAGGUAUUUAAAAAAAAAAAUCCAAUCAUGUUAAACUGUUACCCAAGGAAAAGACUGAACACAAAGAAAUUUCCUGGAAACAAAACCACGGAGUCAAAACUUCCAAAAAUUGUUUUUCUCCCACACACACAUUGUUUAUACAAAUUGUAUAUUAAUAGGAUUUAAAAAUAAACUUUCUCCCUCAAAAGUGUAAACAUAUAUUUUAUAAAAUAUUUAUAUUAUGCCUACUCAGUAAAUAUAAAAAGUAAAACAAUAUGAUUUUACAUUGUCAUUUUGAGUUUUUUAAUAUCGCAUUAAAUAAUUAACGUGUCUCCCUGGACUUCAAAGGUUGCAGCCAUUAAAGGGGACGGAUAAGUAUUUCAUCUUAAAUAAAAGAAAGAGGAUACCGCUCCGGCUCGUUUUACCCACUGAAAUUAAUGAUUAUUAUAAAACUACAUAAAUACUUACGGGUCGCACUCGAACAUUUAAUAUUCGUACGAGUGUAGGCCAGCGCAAAAGCAAACCAAAUACGGUAUGUCGACAAGGCGUGGUUAUCAUUUCGUUAUCACAUUACAUUGGUAUUAUUAACGCCAAUUCUAUAACUACUUGCAUACGUCUUGUCUUGUGUUUAGUGUUCAAAGGGUUUCAAAAUUUGUCGAGUGUACUACUCUACCGGCUCUAAAUUAAACAUAAAUGCCGUUAUUGCGUAAAGUGUCGCAAUAACAAUCUAUUUUUUAUAAAUUAAAACCACCGGCAUUGGUAACCUUAUUAAAAAUAUCUGGGUUUGAAGAUAUUUAUACCUUCAGUAUUUCGAUUUUAAAUAAAACGUUCGAGUAUACGAGUUAAGUUUAGUACUAGAGUUUACGAGUACUAAAAAAUAGGUUUCUCGAGUGGAGUACCUACGCGAUAUUUUUAUAAACGUAGUACCAAUGAAUGCCCGCGUUUGCGCGUCGUUUAGAGCUCGUGCGAUUAUAUCAAUGCACCGAGUGCAAAACUCCGGUGAAACACUACAGAGUACUUUAAGCACAAGGAAUAGAUUUCUUCGUGCGCAGCAGUGUCCGAUGUGGAACAUAAAACCGUGCAUCCGGUGUAGUCGUGUGAAAAAAAAACUCAUUAUUAUUAUAGUUAGGUACUAUGUAAUUAUUAUAAUGGUGUUUAAUGAAAACGACAAAACGGUUUCACACGCGCACGCGAAACAAUAAUUGAUAAGGGGGUAAAAACGUUUAGGGAAACUUUCGUUUUAGCUAAACAUUUUUACUCCCCUGUCAUUUAUCGUUUUAAUUUAUCGCGUUACCGCGCAUAACAUUAAUCGGUUUUUCGCGGAUAUAAAAAUGGAAAUAGAAAAAUAUUGCAAUUAUUUUUUUCGCUAAUAACAGUAUUAUCACCGCAGUAAGCGUUUCUCGUUAAUUAUUUUUUUUUAUAGCUGAUCACGAAGUUUAUAACUGAAAAAAUAAACUAUAAAAAGAAAAAAACAUUACUUUAUGCCGAAGGUUUCUUCGUUUGUAGUUUACCGUUUUAACGACCUGAAUGUAUUACACAAAUAUUAUGAUAACCGAUCGUUAAUGAUAAAAAAAAAAGUUGAUAAUCACGAGAAAUCUUAUAAUUUUGUUUUCUUAUUUUUUUUAAUUAUUCUUAUUUAUUAUUCUCGCAUUAUAUUCUCCGUCGGCAUUACCUUUUUUAUAAUAAAUAAUAGACCUAUACUGUUGUAUAGGUCACAAUUUGCGAUGGUAGGGUACAUUUAGUUGUAUAAUUCAUAUCUGGAAAUAACAAUAAACAAUCAAAAAUGAAUAUUAUGAAAAUGUAACGAUGUCUCCAACAUACAUAAAUUAUUCAGUGUUUUCUAGUUUCAAGUAAAUAAAAAAAAGUUGAUACUGGGGAUGGGAGCGGCUACUGUUGUAGGUGAUAAGUUGGGAAGCUAGAAAACAAAAGUUUAUUUCAAUUAUAUCUGUAAACAACCAUAAACCAUUGCUUGAAAAAAUACAAUUCUGAGCACAGUUCGGUAAUACAUAAUUUAAAGUGCCGUAAUUUUUUUUGCGAUUUUCUUUUAAAUUUAAUUUCAAAACGCUUAUUUAAAAAAAAAAAAGUCAUUCGAUGAUUUUGGAAAUUUUACCACGUCUAAGCAAGUCCAAUAUUAUUACCAAGUUUCAAGUUUCUACGUGUAUUUAUAACCAAAUUACAGUAAAAACUUUCAAAAAUUAAAAUUCCUUAAAAGCUCAAAAAUGGCUUAAAAGUUUUAGCGAUGAUACCGUAAGAAAGUAAAUAAAAAAAUUCAACAAAAAAGGUAUCUUGUGAUUUUCGAUUAAAUCAUUUUUUUUGAUAGAAAACGUCGUCCGUAUUGUUAUGAAAUAACGAAAUCCUGAAAUUAUACGUUUUCCUACGUUUUUUCCCACAAGUGCUUUUAUUUAAAAAAUGGCCCCUUUAAAGUACAAUCUAGGCAACUUGAGUUUUCAGCAAAAAUGAUAGACGUAAAAAUCGGAGUAAGUUUUCUAGGAAAAAACGUGUCCACAAACUAGAAAAAAAAAAUAAAUAUCUUAGUAAAACCAAUAGCUCCCUCGUUACACUCGAAAUCUAAAAUUAAAAAUAAUGAAACCGUUAUUUACCUAAAUUUCUCUAUUCUUUCUACGUUUUUUCUCGGUUCUGUUCAUAUUGUUAAGAAAACUACACAGAAAUCCACGAAAUCCUAAAUACAACAAAAAAAAAUGUCCUUUGCGGUUUUUCGAUUGUAGCAAUAUUUCUGGUAGAAAAAAAACAGUACAAAUUAAAAAUAAUGAAAUCGUGGCAACGUCGAAAUGCCCCGCGGUAAAUAUUUGUCAGUUUUUCAUAUGUUUUUCCCAACUAUUAUAAAAACUGCUUUUAUAAACAAAAUAUGACCUUUUCAAUUUACCUACUAGAUUUAAAAAGCAAUAGAAAAGAUUUCUGGUAAAAAAGUUGUUUACAGACUAGAAAAAAAAUCAUACAUCAUAUUAAAUCCAAUACAUACCUCGCUUUGCUCAGAGUUUAAAAACAAAUAAACAACAUGUAUUUUUAUUAUAAUUGGAAACUUUUAUUUAAAAAAAAUUGAAUUAAAAAUUCACCAUUCGAAAUUUCCGAGUUAUUUUUCGCUUGUUUAAUUGUAUGGACUUUGUCGGUCGCAAAAUUUAAGGUCCUUAGGUUAAGCUUUUUAUAAAACAGAAAACAUUCCAGUUAACAAAUUCACAGUUUACAUUUUAAGCGCAAACCGGGGGAAAACAAGAUACGUUUUCAACAUUUUUGUCGUUCCGUAUAUUAUUUUAUAUAUAGCCUCAAAAUUCUUCAGCGUUUUUAGUUGUUAUCCGUGGCCAAAUUCCUGCGAAUUUUCUACUUUUAAAAUUUCUGAAAUACUCUCCUGUUCCUAUAUACAAUUAUUAAUGAAAUAGCGAUAAAAUUCGUACAAGAAAUCACUCGACGAAAACAAAUAUUAUUAUAUAUUAUAGUGAAGACGGAGUUACAAAAAAUCCACAAAGUUUUAAACAACAAUCACUAUCGGCUAAAAAUAUUUAAAAGUAAAUGUUUAUUAGGUACUUUAUUCAUUUUAACAGAAUAAUCACAUUGCUAGCAUAUGCGUAUGAUCAGUGGUGUCAAUACCGGAGGGGGGGUAAGAUGAGUAAACGUCAUGGACCCGUGACAUUUAGGGGCUCCAAACCAGGGCUCAAGGCAUUAUUGGACAGACUUUUUUUUUCUUUUGUUGGUCGGCCCUGAGCCGAUGUAAUAUUUUGUUAUCAGCAUUAGAAGUCUCAGUUACGCCACUGCGUAUGGUUAUACAUCCAGUUCAUAUGAGUCAGGCCCGUUGAGACUAACAUUUUUUUUUUUUUUUACAAUAACAUAUGAUUUAUGGUCAAUCGAAAUCAAUAUGAGUUCAAUGGAUUUCUUUCUUUUAAGAUAAUUUUGAAAGUCUGUCAACUAUCAUGUACACGUAUAUAUGAAGAUGUGCCGUCUCGUUUCGUUGAGUAUAAUAUUUACCGGGCUACAUGACUGUUGGUAUGACGGUACUUUAGUUAUUAUUGAUUGUUUAAUAUUGACUCAAUCGUUACGGUACUUGAAUGUUUCUGGAAAAAAAUGUUUCAAAAUAGCCUAGUAUUAUCAUAUUAUCGAUUGUUCUCCAUUUGUCUCGAUAUAAAAGAGCCUGCAAUUCCGUUUUCCUUAUCACAAACUUCUAUAACACUAUUACGUUUUGUACACUUUAGCAAUAAAGACGAAGGCAGCACCAGCAACAACGAUAACACGGCUAUAACAAACGAGGAAACUGUGAUCGCCGCCAACAUCGGCAGUGCUCAGACGACGGCGCCUACACCCGUGACGGCGUCACAAGCCGUCGUCGUAGGCGUCGGAGGUGACGGAAACGGCAACGCCGCCGAAAACAGAUCGGUGCCGAAUAUGGAAGUUCAAGUGGACGACGAUAUUGAAGAAGAUGGAUGCGAACGGUUCUCUUCGUGUUCGUUGUCUUCUGGAGAAGACUGCAACGACGUCGUUAACCGACACGUUUCGAAAAUUGGCGACGACGAUGAUAGUUUAAAAACCUCGAAAAACAAAAACGGAAAUAAGUGUAGUGACGGUACAGCGGCAGUAAUCGUGGAGACAGAAACAGUGACUAUUCAACCGCCGGAUGUGAUUAUGCACCACAGUAACAACGGCAUAAUCAAACGGAAGGGUUCCCGGCGAAACCGACGUCGGAGGAAAUCGUCUACGACAGUUACUGCAGUGGCAAACGAUGUCGUGGACACUGACGGCGAAGGCCAGGACGAGAAGCCGACUCCUCCAGCCGCUAUUUCUACCGUGGGUGAAGAAUUGGUACCCCUAGCACCGUCGUCACCGGGGCCAGUGAACCCCCAAACUUUGGCAAGCGAUACGAUCGUACCAGACACGGAUACCUUGGUCCCUGACGGUUCUUCUUCGUCGACAACGAUGCCGACGACGACCACUCCUGUCAACAACACAAAAGCCAAAAAGGUUAACAUUAAUAAUUGCGGAGAUGGCAACAUAAAUAAUUCAACCUCGAACACCGACCAAGCUGGCGAUCAAAAUACCGCGGCGACCUCGUCGCAAACACAACAGGUAAGAAUCGAAAUUAUUUUAUCUUAUUAAAAAUACGGGCAGAAGACCAAAUGUUAUAAUAAUAUUUAAGGCGAUACAAAAAUAACAGUAACAGGUAAAAUUAUAUUGUUGGUUAAAAUAAUAAUUUAUAUUUUCUGUAUAGCAGAUGUGGCAGUUACAACAAGAACCUUCGACUUCGGCCUCGGCCUCGGCUGUUCAAGAGCCGCGCGAUCCGGGAUGCGCAAAUCCGGAAACGGUCGUUGGGAACACCAUCGUUGGUGUAACGAUCGUCCAGGACCUACAGAGUAAUUUGACCGAUGAUUUUGAGUGGAAGCUUAGCGAGGUUCACCGCUAUUGGAAACGUCGCAUGAUGGAAAACGACGCACAAUUGGCUGGCGAGUUGUCUAGGCGCGAGCGUGAGUUAAGAGAAGCUAUGGACGCUCGAAUGACGGAGAUGGCCGAAGAGAUGGUGGUACGCGAACAGAACAUGGCUCAGAAAAUAGUCGAACACGAAAUGCACUUAAACAGCGUGUUGGCGAAGCGGGAGCGGGAAAUUGAAGCUCGUAAGGAGGCGGAGAUGGCGGAGAAAAGGCGGGAGAUCGAAGCUUUAGCGAACGAAAAGAUCGCCAAACGCGAACGGGAAUUACUGGACGAGGCUAAUGAAAAACUCGCGGCCAAAGAGAACGAAAUCAAAGCUUCGAUGAAACGCGAGCGCAAACUGUCUGCGGCUUUGGCCGAAGCUGCGAAGCGUGAACAGCAAAUGUUGGCGGACGCGGCCAAACGAGAGCAAGAAAUACGUGCCGAGGCCGAGCUGUUGCAACGGAAAUUGGUUGAAGCGGAAGUGACUAAGGCUGCUAAACGGGAACGCGAGCUUCGGGCUGAGACAGCUACUCGGGAACGACAGUUGACCGCGGAGAUGGAGGAACGCGAGCAGCGAGCGGCAGAGACGGCCGACAGACAGGUUCGUCGGCAGUGGCGCCAGUGGGAACGUGAAAUGGUGGCCGAGAACAGGACUAAGGCGGAAGAAUUGCAGAAAAAAGCAGAGACUAAACAAGCCGAGGCCCGGGCGGCGUUGGAACGUGAACAUGCCGAACAGAUAGCCGCUCUGGAAAGCAAGGUGAGUAUUUUACAAAAAACCUACGGGUAGUAAUUAUGUAAAUACUAUUUAAGAGCGAUGAGUUCCAUUAUAUCGUUUACAGAUGGCAGAGCGCAUUCGUGUGGCCGUGCAAGAGGAACGUGAUCGGGCUGCAAAGAAGGCUGACGAAUUGCAACGGGUCGCCAAGGAAAAACAAGAACGAGCUGUGGCCGUUGCCGCGGCCGAGGCAGCCACGGAGGCCAGUCGCAAGGCCCGAGCCGAAGCGGACGCCGAGUUAGUGAAGCUCCGCCGGGCCGUGGACACCACGGCACUGUGGUACGCGGACCAGUUGGAAGCGGCCCGGGAAGAACAGGACCGGUGCACAGGUGAAUGGAAUACAUUUUUAUGACUAGCAUGGCCCACAGUGGAAAAUGGAAAAAAAAGAAAAUAAUAAAUACUUAUACUAUGCCGUGUGCCGUAGAGAGGGCCGAGAGAGCGGAACGAAAGCUGACGGUGGUCGAAUGCGAAAACGAUAAGUGUAACGAGGCGCUCGAGGAGUUCGCGGCCAAGCUGGACAAACUGGAACACGAACGAAAUGCCGCAAACAAGGAACUCGAGAACGCGCAGGAAUCUCUAGUGGACACGUCCAGACGUCUGACAAUUUCAGAAGAGAGACUAGCCGAGCUUAUUCGGAAGGCUAACGAAUUGGAGAAACAGCUCAACGAGAAGGGAGUGGAUAAUAGUGGAGCCGAGAAUAAUAAUGGCGGUGACAAUGCGGUUACCGACCCGGAGGACCAGGACACGCAGAACUCUUGCUGUGCACAGGCCGUAAAGUAAGUGUGGUCGAAUUAUUAUUUUUUUUUUUUUUAUAAAUAUGUUCUGAGCGCGUUUUUACUGAGUGCUUUUUUUUUUGUGCUUGUAAAUAAUUUUCCUACCUGAAAUCUCAUUCCGGUUUUCAAUCAUAGCGGUUUUUUUGUUUCAAAUAAAUUGUGUCUAGUUGGUACUGCAUCGAAAAAUUUUUUUCCUUGCGGUAGAAAAAAUUUUUUAAGUUUACGGCAAUAAUGGUUUCAUGGUUUUAUAGUUUUUUAGAUAAAGAGUGAGUGAUCUAUUGGUUUUACUAUGAGUGUGUGUGUGUUUUUAUCUGUGUGCGGGAAACGAUUCGACCAGAAAAUUUUUUCCAAUCGCGAAAUCGCAUGAGUCCUUUUUUUUUAUAUUUUUUUUUUUUGUUAUAUUUUUUUUUUUUUUGUGUAACUUUAUUUAAAAUAUUCGUAGAAACUUGAAAUUUUGAAAGAAAACUUAUAUUUACGUAUUUUAGACGCGAUAGACAACUUAAAAACAUUUUGACGAUUUUGAGAUAUUUACAGGCAUUUUACGUUUGCAAGUUUUCCACGUAGUUUUUAUUUGGUAGAUACUAUAUGAACUGUUGGACCAAACCAGAAAAAGUGUUAUCAUUGUAAAUCGGAGUAAAAUUUCUGGCAGAAAAAUUGUUCACGGAUAAAAAAAAAUAAUAAAAAUAAACAUCAUUGUAAAACCAUUGCAUUCCUUGCUCCACUCAGAAUCUAAAAAUUCAAAUUUCGACGAUAAUCGUAAAAAUUAACGACGUCCAAAAUACGCUUAUGAGAAUUUCGCUUAGAACAGUAUUUCGUUAGAAAUAAUGCAUUAUCGAUGCGUACAGACACAAACGACCACGUUUCAAACCUUCGUGUUCGCGUGUACACUCAGUAUGAACACGCGCAAACGCAUCUAAUUCCGGGCUCCAGUUUUUUGUAUAAUAAUCGUAUGUUUUUUUUUUUUUUUUUUUUUUUUUUUUUUUUUUUUUUUUUUUUUUUUUAUAUGAUUAACAUGAACAGAAAGCGUGUGGCCCAGCUGAUAGUGGAGCACGGCCAGAAGAUGGACGAACAGCGCGAACGGCACGCGCGACAGAUGCGCCGGCAGUUGGAAAUGUUGAUGGACCAACGACAAGAGCAGGAGCAGCAGCAGCAGCAGCAGCAACCGCAGCAGCCGCAGCAACAGCAAAAUCAACUGCAGCACGGCGAAGAGCCGUGGAAACAGCUGACGCGGCGGCAGCGUCGGAACCGGGGCGGCGGUGGCAGCUGUGCCGGGGGCGUUAGCGGUGCGGGUAAAAACGAAAAAGGCGAGGCAGGCGAGGGGGGCGGCAACGGACCGUCGCCGCCGCCGAGCAACGGCGGCAGCGUCAGCAGCAACAGCAGCCGCAGUAGCCGGCGCCGGAACAAGCACCGCCAGCAGCAACAACAGCAGCAACAGAUCCAGCAGGGCCCGCCGCCGCCCGGGCCCGCCGAAUGACGACGUCACCGCGUGUCCCGCAUCCGCGUCGUUAUCACUAUAGCGUUGAUAUUGUUUGCGAUAAUCCUUUUUCUCACUCGGCUCCCGGCGGUCCCGCCACCGCAACAGCGACGGCGGCGACCGCACCUAGGUUAGGCCGCGUUCCGCGCCCGUGUCCGCCUGUCCGUCUAUCCGUUUGUUUAUUUAUCUAUUCAUUUGUCUUGUCGCAUCUAUACGCACGAUAACAUUGUAUAAUUCGUUCGAAUCUAAAGCACACUAUUACGCUAUUUUAUUAUUAUUAUUAUUAUUGUUAUUAUUAUUAUUAUUAUUAUUAUUAUUAUUAAUAUUAUUAAUGGUAUUUUUUUUUUUUUUUUUUCGCGUUUUUUACUAUGAAAUAAUUAUUAUCAAACAAAUAUUGAUAUCGCGUUAGGAAUAUUACAUUAUAAUCACAUUAUCGUAGCGUAGCGGUCGUCGCGCGGUUUUCCGUACGGCCGACGACGACGAGAGCACAAUUUUUUUUUUUUUUUUUUUCAAUUUUUUUUCCCACUGUCCAAAUCCCGCACACGCGGCACGAUAUUAAUAACGUUCCUUGUACACCCGCCCGGCAUUUUGUUCGCGUUCAAAACAUGUUAAUCGAUCACAUUUACGACUAUUAUAAUAAUAUGAUAAUAUACGAAUAUACUAUUCGAACAGAA